AUGUCUUCUACCCCAAACGUUCAUUGUCCUGGCAUUGAUUAUCUUGUGGUGAUCGAUUUCGAAGCUACUUGUGACGAGAAUGCAACAAAUCCGCAAGCCUUACAAGUGACAAAGGAAACGGCAGAAAUAAUUGAAUUUGCCUGGGUGAUUGUUGAUACCAAUACACUGGAAGUGGUUUAUCAACACACUCAAUAUGUUAAACCAGAAAAUACACCGUUGACUGCUUUCUGUACUAACCUUACCAACAUAACUUGGGACAAGCUUGAACAGGCGGGAACUUUGCAAAAUGCUAUUACUAAUCUUGACGACUACAUUAAAUCUCACAUCAUAAGCCAAAAUAAAACAUUUUGCUUUUGCACACAUGGUGCUUGGGACCUUCGAAUCCAACUACCUCGAGAGGCGAGGGAUAAACACAUCGAGUUGCCUCCUUAUUUAGCUCAUUGUCGAUUAUUUGACUUAAAACAAGAAUAUCAGAGAUGGCAAGUACAUCAUCAGGACGUGAUAUUAAAGAAUCAUUCUCUUGAAGAAAUGUGCGAAUCCUUUGAUUUACAAGUAGCUGGACCAACACAUACCGGAUUAGGGGAUUCGUUAACGAUGGUCAACAUUAUUCGUUACUUUUGUUCAUUUGGUCAUCCUGAUGUAUUUGUUAAUCCGAUUGAUACCAACGCGGAUUUGAAUCAGUUUAAAAAGGAGCAAUCCAAAGUUAUUCAUCUGGCGGGCUUACCCUAUGAUGUUACGCAACCAGAGUUGGAAGCAUGGUUUUCUGGUCAAGGGGUAAGACCUACAUUAUUAUGGAUGAUUCGAACGCCCGAUCACCAGAAGCCGAGUGGGUCGGGUUUUGGUAUUUUCGCUACGCACGAGGAUGCCAUGGCUUGUUUGGAUAUGAACGGUAGAACUUUGGGAGAUAGAGCCAUCGAAGUAAGUCCAAGUAGCGAAAGGGUAAUUGAGGCUGCGGGGGCUAUUUUGGCAUCGUUUCCGGUAACGAAAAGUCGUCAUCGUCCUGGGGAUUGGGUUUGCACUUCUUGUCAGUUCCAUAAUUUUGCUUCUCGAAGAACAUGUUUCAAGUGUAAUAGCAACAAUCCAAAUCCAUCAAUGGUUCCGCAGACACCACCAAAUUUUACAUUGGGUGAUUGGAUGUGUCCGAAUCCUCAAUGUAAUUUUCAUAAUUAUGCAUCACGUACUCAUUGUCUGCGAUGUGGGACCUAUAAGCCUCAAGGGAUGUACGGUCCACCACAAACACCUUUUAGGCCUGGCGACUGGAUUUGCCCAAAUCCAUCUUGUAGUUUUCAAAAUUUUGCAUCCAGAACUCACUGUAUGCGAUGUGGUACCUCAAAUCACUUGGGAUACGAUGCGUUUGGAAAUCCAGCAGGGGAACAAGGAGGUUACGGGACUGUGGUUCAUGGGCCUUCAUCACCGGCGCAGGCACCGUUUCGUCCAGGAGAUUGGCAUUGUCCGACUUGCAGCUCACACAACUUUGCUUCGAGGUUUCAAUGCAUUCGUUGCGGCCUGUCCAAGCCUCCGCAACUUUCAAGUAACGCGCCUCCUACUGCUAACAUGAAACCUGGAGAUUGGCUGUGUCGUAAUGAGUUAUGUGGAUAUCAUAACUUUGCAAAAAGAACAUAUUGCGCCAAAUGUGGUAUGCCAAGCAAUGCUGCUUCCUCUGGAGGCGAAAAUGGGUAUUAA